AUGGUCCCAAAGAACUACAUUUCCAAAGUCGGCCUCAUCGGCGCAACGGGGACAUUGGGCUCCCAUGUUCUCUUCGCCUUGCUUGCCCAGCACUUCCCACAAUUUCAGGUCACUUUGAUCACCCGCCCCGGAAGCAUCACACCUGCCAAACACCCCGAAUUGACGUCCAAUCCACGCAUCACCAUCGUUGCGGGCUCCUAUGAAGACCACGACUUCCUUGUUCAUCCCCUCACCGGCCAAGACGCCCUCAUCAUAACACUAGGCUUCAGCGUGUGCCAUACGCUCCAACCACUCAUCAUCCGGGCCGCUUGCGAGGCCAAAGUGCCCUACAUCCUCCCCUGCGAGUUCGGGAGCGACACCAGCAACCCACGCCUCGUCGCCGCUAUUCCGGGCCACAUGGCCAAAGUCAACGCGCGUAAGAUGGUCGAGGAACUUGGCACUGCACCCGACGGCAGCCGCACAAGCUGCUGGAUCGGCAUCUCCAACAACGCCUGGCUCGACUGGAACCUGCCGGGCGGCUGGAUGGGUAUCGACAUCAAGCAACGCAAGGCCACGCUGCUUGACGGGGACGAUGUCAAGACCUACCUUUCCACAAUACGCACGUCUGCUCUCGCUGCUGCUAGGGUCCUCUCGCUCCCGCUUACCCUCGACGGCAAGAACCCCAACGUGACCAGCUCCAGCUCCAGCUCCAGCUCCAGCGCCGAUCCAACUCUCCAACGCACCCUGCCCUCAUUCGCGAACAAAAUGGUCUACGUAGCCAGCUUUCGCCUCUCGCAAGCCGAUAUCUUCCGCGCAGUGCAGCAAGCCACGCGAACGACCGAUGCAGAUUGGGACAUCAGCCACGUCCCGCUGACGCAGGAUAUCCAGGAUGCGCAUGCGAAGCUUGCAGCAGGGAACAGGCUGGCCAUAAUGGACCUUCUCAACGGAAAUCUCUUCGUGAAAGGUGUGGCGGACGCAUUCUACCCCAACGGCGCGGACGAAGAGGCGGAGCUGCAUAAUGCGUUGCUCGGCGUGGAGGAUUGUCAGAAUCUGGAGGAUGUCAUGGCGAGGAUAGUCAAGGAGGUCAUGAGCAACUUCUACUCGACAAGGAACCUGAAGACUACUUAUGAUGACCAUCCGGGAUAG